AUGCCAUCAUAUUUAAUUAUUAUCACCAUAUUUAUUAUAUGGCUAAGUAUUACAAGUUUAAAAAAGUUUUCAAGUGCAACUAGUGAAACUAUAGUGUUGGCUCACGUAAUUUUCCGACAUGGCGAUCGUACUCCAUCAAAGAGCGGCUUAUGGAAAACCAACAAAUUUUAUAACGAAUCGUUUUACGAACCUUUUGGUUAUGCCCAGUUGACCAACAAAGGAAAAAGGACUUCAUACAAUUUGGGAGUAACAUUGAAAAAUCGAUACGAUGGAUUUUUAAAUCAAUGGACUACUAAAUUAGCCGACACAUUUUCAACUGAUUAUGAUCGAACUAAAAUGUCAGCCUCGUUGGUAUUAGGAGGACUAUUUCCGCCCACAAAAUCAGUGUUAUGGAACAGCAGCAUUUUAUGGCAACCGAUACCUUAUAGAUAUGUGCCAGUAGAACAAGAUAAAGAGCUAUCUUCAUGGGCUUGUCCUAUGACAGUCCCUUUAAUUUAUGCUGAUGAAGCAAACAUAAAAAAACUUCACAGUUACGAUGGACUUAUAAAAAUUCUUCAAAAAAACACUGGAGAUUAUACUAUAGAUUAUAUAAGUACCUUAGAUUUAUAUUUUGGGAUGGUUAUUCAAGAAGAAAUGGGAUUUCCUUUGGAUAAUUGGACUAAAAUUGUUUAUCCUGAGCCACUAAGAUCAUAUAUUGUUGAUUUUUAUAAAAUAGAAACAAGCACUCGGGCACUGAAAACUGUUAUGAUAGGAUAUUUAAUUAGAAAAAUCCUAAACGACUCCAUUAACAAAAUAAAUGGCACUCUCAAUCCUCAAGACAGGAAAAUCUUUUUAUACUCAGGCCAUGAAGUGAAUGUUGCUACAAUAAUAACCAGCCUAGAGCUAAUUAGUUUGGUAGACAUUCCCACCUAUGCCUCCUAUGUGAUUUUCGAGUUACAUAAAAUCAGUGGGGUACAUGGGUUCAAGAUAUUUUAUGAAAAUUACAAAAAUAAUGAGCCAAAUUUGUUAACUUUGCCUGGAUGCAAACAAUUUUGUCCUAUUGAGGAUUUUAUAAGAUUAACGGCUGAUAUCAUACCAACAGGGGAUGUAGAGUGUUUUGGGAAUGAAACAGAAAAUGUAUAA